AUGUAUAGAAACAAUAGGAAUGCAAGCCCUGAUGGCAAUGAAAGCCCAAAAGAGCGUGGAAGGAAUAUAUUAAGACGUAUGCAUCAGUCAAAGACUUUUAACGUGGAGAUUAGCUUUGCCGCAAAGAUUCCCAUGCAAGCCAUUCAAAAUGCUUUGUAUGGACAAGAAUCAGAAAACUCACAACAAGCCCUGAGGGUGCUAGAUAUCAUUUUACGGCAGCAUGCUGCAAAACGGGGAUGCCUACCCGUUCGCCAAUCUUUUUUCCAAGAUGAUGAAAAUAAUUAUACAAACAUUGGCGGUGGUGUCCUAGGAUGCAGGGGGUUCCAUUCAAGUUUCAGAGCUACUCAAGGAGGCCUUUCACUGAAUAUUGAUGUAUCAAAUACAAUGAUAAUUCGACCCGGUCCAGUAUUGGAUUUUUUACUUGACAAUCAGAAUAUGAGAGAUCCUCACUGCCUGGACUGGAACAAGGCUAAACAAGUGCUUAAAAAUCUGAGGGUAAAAGUCAGACCAUCCAAUCUGGAGUACAAGAUUACCGGAUUGAGUGACCUUUACUGCAAAGAUCAGAUGUUCUCAUGGAAGCAGAAGAGUACGAAGAAUGAGACUGGUGAAGCUGAGACUGUGGAGAUUACUGUUUAUGAAUAUUUUGUCACCCAUCGCAAGAUACAGUUGGAUUAUUCUGCAGAUUUGCGAUGCAUUAAUGUUGGCAUGCCAAAUCGGCCAACAUAUAUUCCUAUGGAGCUCUGCACUUUGGUGUCCUUGCAACGCUACACAAAAGCGCUAUCCACUUUCCAAAGAGCUUCGCUAGUCGAAAAAUCAAGGCAGAAGCCUCAAGAAAGACUGAGUAUCUUGUCUAAUGCUUUGCAUAACAGCAAUUAUGGUGCUGAACCAAUGCUGCGUUCAUGUGGUGUUUCUAUCAGCUCUAAUUUCAUCCAAGUGGAAGGCCGUAUUCUGCCAGCUCCAUGGAUAAGAGUGGGCGAUGGUGAACAUUUCUUGCCACGGAAUGGGCGGUGGAAUUUCAACAAUAAGAGAUUUGUGGAGCCAACUAGGAUUGAAGAUUGGGGUGUUGUUAACUUCUCGGCACGUUGUGAUGUAAAUAAACUUGUGCGGGAUCUGAUGAGAUGCGGAGAAAUGAAAGGAAUUCGUGUAGAUAGUCCAUUAGGUGUGUUCACAGAGAUGAAUGAGAACAGACGUCUCUCUCCUUUGGGUAGAGUGGAGAAGAUGUUUGAUGAGCUGCAAUCUAAACUUACUCAUAAAACUCCACGGUUCCUUCUUUGUCUGCUGCCCGAUAGGAAAAUUUCUGGUCUUUAUGGUCCAUGGAAGCGAAAGAAUCUGGGUCACUUUGGCAUAGUCACUCAGUGUAUGGCUCCAACUAGGUUCAAUGACAAGUACCUUACGAAUCUGCUUCUCAAGAUCAAUGCAAAGCUCGGAGGACUGAAUUCAAUGUUAUCAAUUGAACAAACACUUUCAUUCCCUGUCGUUUCAAGUGUUCCAACUAUGAUCCUUGGCAUGGGUGUGUCACAUGGCUCUCCUGGGCAGUCCGAUGUCCCGUCAAUAGCUGCGGUAGGGAAGAUCUUAUUCCUUAUCAUUGGGUUUCUCGAGUUUCAAUCAAUUGCAAGCAGUUAUAGAGAUGUGGUUAACUCCAGGCAGUGGCCUUCGAUUUCCCGCUAUAGGGCAUCUGUUCGGACACAGUCGCCCAAGGUUAAAAUGAUAGAUUCACUAUUCAAACGAGUGUCUGACCAGGUGGAUGGAGGUCUUAUGAGGCAGGCGUAUUGGACUUUUAUAGAAGCUCAGGACAGAGAAAGCCUACUCAAAUCAUCAUAUUCAGGUCCUAUGAAUGUAACAUUUCUUAUGAACCAUCAUAUCUCUUUACAUAUUUCUUGUAAUCUAGUUUGUGGUUAUUUUGCUGAUCUUUCUGUUACAUUUUAUUCGGAUGCUAAUGCAAUAUUGCUUACUUGCUCAUUAUUCUCGGUUCAACUCAGGGAUGGGGUUAGCGAGUCACAGUUCAAUCAAGUUUUGAACACUGAACUGGGUCAAAUUAUUGCGGCUUGCAAGUUUCUUGAUGAGAAUUGGAACCCCAAGUUUGUGGUCAUUGCAGCACAAAAAAGUCAUCAUACAAGGUUUUUCCAGCAGGGAUCUCCUGAUAAUGUUCUACCUGGAACUGUGAUAGACAACACAAUUUGUCAUCCACAGAACAAUGACUUUUAUCUAUGUGCACAUGCUGGAAUGACUAUAUUGCCAACUACAUUUGUACUUGCCUUCUCUAUCCAGAAUUCAUUGUUUGGAACCACAAGGCCUACCCAUUAUCAUGUUCUCUUAGAUGAGAGUGGAUAUUCGGUCAACGAUCUGCAGGAACUUGUCCAUUCUCUAUCAUAUGUGUAUCAAAGAAGUACCACUGCCAUAUCAGUGUUUGUUUCAAUCUUACUUUGGAUUGCAGUUGCUCCUAUUUGCUAUGCGCAUUUGGCAGCUUCGCAGUUGGGGACUUUCCUGAAGUUUGAUGAGGCUCCUGAGACAUCCUCAAGCCAGGGUGGGGUGACUGCUUCUGGAGCCGUACCUGUUCCGCAGCUGCCGUGGUUGAACAACAAUAGAAGUGGUUAUACUACUGCCCUUUACUCUGUUCUCUUAUUUACUGUUAGGCUAGGGUAUCAGUUGCUUAACCAGUUAGAUGUGGCUUCUGAGUAA